AAAUUCUAUAACAAUGGCUUCCACUGCUCAGUACUAUCUAUUCUCUUCUCUCCUCUUCUUCUUCUUCUUCUUCUCCCCGUCUUUUGCUCAACAAUCUUUCCGCCCCAAGGCCCUUGUCGUUCCAGUCUCAAAAGAUGCUGCAACUCUCCAAUAUGUUACCCAAAUCGAACAGAGGACCCCUCUAGUUCCCAUUAACCUUGUUGUUCACCUUGGUGGCAGAUUCCUCUGGGUUGACUGCGACCAAGGUUAUGUCUCUUCCACCUAUCGCCCUGCCCGUUGUGGUUCCGCUCUAUGCUCACUGGGUGGAGCUGAUGGCUGCGGUGACUGUUUCUCAGGACCUCGGCCAGGGUGCAACAACAACACUUGUGGCGUUUCUCCUGACAACCCUGUGAUACGAACUGCCACGGGUGGUGAACUCGCUACAGAUGUUGUUUCUGUGAAUUCCACCAAUGGGUCGAACCCUGGUCGAGCAGUGACAGUGCCACGGUUCUUAUUCUCGUGUGCACCCACCUCUUUACUGGAGGGUCUUGCUAAUGGCGUCGUGGGCAUGGCUGGACUUGGCAGGACUAGAGCUGCAUUUCCAUCUCAAUUUGCCGCUGCCUUUAGCUUCCAUAGAAAAUUUGCCAUUUGCUUAGCAUCCAAUGGAGUCAUAUUCUUUGGCGAUGGUCCCUAUAACUUCUUCCCAAAUUUGCAGUACACAUCUCAAUCACUCACCUUCACUCCUCUCUUCAUCAAUCCAGUAAGCACCGCUGCAGCUUUCAGCCAAGGCGAGCCCUCAGCUGAAUAUUUCAUUGGGGUAACGUCUAUUAAGAUCGUCGACAAAACUGUUCCAUUGAACUCAACCCUUCUCACCAUUGACAGCAAGGGAAACGGUGGCACAAAAAUAAGCACAGUAAACCCAUACACUGUAUUAGAGUCUUCAAUUUUCAAGGCAGUCACCGAGACAUUUAUCAGUGAGGCUGCAGCAUGGAAUAUCACCAGGGUGGGUUCUGUGGCACCAUUUGAUGUGUGCUUUAGCACAGAGAACGUGUUAAGCACACGUUUGGGUUAUGGUGUGCCGACCAUUUCUCUGGUGCUGCAGAAUGAGAACGUGAUUUGGGAUAUUUAUGGUGCGAAUUCAAUAGUCCAGGUUAGCGAUGAUGUGCUGUGCCUUGGGUUGGUUAAUGGUGGAUCAAAUCCAAGAACUUCAAUUGUUAUUGGUGGGUAUCAGUUGGAGAAUAAUCUUUUGCAGUUUGAUUUGGCCACUUCAAGGCUCGGGUUUAGCUCUCUUCUCUUUGGCAGGCGGACCACUUGCGCCAACUUCAACUUCACCUCCAUUGCCUAGAUUGUAGUUCAUGAAUCUUGAGUAUUUUAUGCGUAAUGUAUCUUUUCUUUUUAAAUUUUAAUUUCCCUGAAAAAAUAAGGAGGCAUGACUGAGGAUGGAAAGAUUUGUUUCUAUAUGUACUCGUGUAUGUUAUAAUGAUUAAAUAAGAUAUUGUUAGUUCAUGAUUUUGACA